AUGGCGACGAACCGUUACAAGUACUCCGAUGUUGCUGGCAUAUUUGGCACACAUCCUAUUGGAGAGGUAAACCAACCAUUUUACGGGACUGGCAAAGUGUACUCCCCCCUUGGCAAAGUACACCACCUACGACCAGUUACACCCAACGCUGCAAAGUGCACCACACCUGGCGACCUUUACGAUCCCUCCAUCUCCAUUCUUUAA